AUGGCUACCAAUGACUCUUGGAGCGAUUUCGAGAAUUUGCGGCACACGGUCAAGCAUAAUACGGUGGAUAAACUCAAACAAAUUCUUACCGGUUUCAAUGAGGAAUGCAACACUGUAUUUCACAAGUCUGGAAAGAAGCAGGACCUGAUAGAGAGGAUCGUACAGCAGUUGGAAUCCUGGCGUCAAGCCAACAACAUCGACAAAUGGACCAAAGCGAAAGUUAUACUAUACCAGGUUCGCAAUACCGGAAUGUACACGAGCUCCCGUAUGCCAGGAGCGAUGGCAUCCCAGUCAUUGCCUUCUGUUCCCUCAGUAGCAUAUGGUCCAGCUUCAAAUACAGCUCGUAGCGGUUUCAACGCGAUCCCCGCUGGCCGCUAUGACCCCUACGCCCCUCCGCGGCUACCCCCGCCACCAACCACAGGCGCUGGCCCGUCGGCUGUGUCAAAACCAGGUAUGCGCUUCAAGCCCUCCCCAUUCUUUCGUGUAGAUCAAGCUGUCUCUGGUAUUGUCGAGUGUCCUGAAUCCACAAGCUCGACUGAUCGAAAACAACAAACCUUAACUUUCGCUCUCACCAGCGAGCAGUCGAUGAAGCUGAAUUCGACGACUGCCAAGUUCCAGCUUCGAUUAUACUGCACCUCAAACACGUUCUAUGCCUCAGGAUUCAGACCCACCACGGCACUUUGCCCGAUCGAAUUUCCUCCCACGUGUGAAGUGCGAGUCAAUGGGGUGCAGCUAACGGCAAACCUGAAAGGUUUGAAGAAGAAGCCUGGUACUGCUCCGCCAGCAGAUCUUGGGAGGAACGUUAGAAUGACGGGUCAAAAUCGAGUCGAAAUGGUAUACGUGAACAGCCAGCAGCCCAUACAGCCCAAGAAAUUCUAUCUGAUCGUCAUGCUCGUCGAAGCCACGACUGUAGAACAGCUCGUGGACAAACUUAAGAAGGGCAAGUAUCGCGAUCAUGAAGAUAUUGUGGCACAAAUGAAUAAAACCUCAAGUGAAGAUGACGAUAUUAUUGCUGGAUCACAGAAGAUGUCUUUGAAAUGCCCACUGAGCUUCAUGCGAGUGACAACGCCAUGUAGAUCAAUACUAUGCCCUCACCCGCAGUGCUUUGACGCAGACUCGUGGUUCAGCUGCAUGGAGCAAACGACAACGUGGCUUUGUCCUGUAUGUGAGAAGGCUCUAAAUUUUGAAGAUCUCAUUGUCGACGGGUAUUUCGAUCAGAUAUUGAAGGAUACUUCUGAGGAUGUCGAAGACGUUAUUGUUGAAAGCGACGGGCAGUGGCAUACAAGUGACAAUAAGUUUGGCUCAGCUUCCUGGUUGGCCUCGCAUCCAGGGACAGCUCCAUUCAGGUUUUCGCCGACUCCUCGUGGAUCAUCACCAGCGUCGGUUGAUGAAGAGGCUGCCGCAAAAGCUCAUGCGAGGAAAAAUGUGGAGAUUCUUGUGCUGGACUCUGAUGAUGAGGACGAGGGCAGAGUCAAGCAGGAGUUAUCAGAUUCCUACCCGAUGAACACCUUAUCCAGUCCCGCCUCCAAUGCAGGUCUUGCGACGACCGCGCGGCAACUUAGGGGCGGUGAUGUUAUCGACCUAACAGCUGACUCCGACGAGGAUGAGCCCCAGCCACCGCCCAUGGCGCGGAGUUCUUUGGAGAAGCGCAAGGCACCUUCUGGUGCACCCUCGCCUACAGAGCAGAUCUGGAAGAAAUCUCGGGUUGAUUCCGUUCCAGCACCUCAGCAACCACACCCGCCGCCACAGCCUCAAAUAUCUCAUGCGGUGCAUCUUCCACCCGUGUCGCCAGUUGCCAAUGUCGUAUCUAUGAGCACGCCUCGGUCACCUGCGACCGCAUAUCCUACUGGACCGAGCAACUACGCUGUCCCUCAAUUACCUCCAGUACGUUACCCCAACCCAAGCUUGUACGUGCCACCUGUGACAACUACAUCUCCUCAUGACACCGUCCGUAGUCCAUAUGAUACGUACAAUCCCAACGGUUAUUAUCCGGCCAGACCUAGUGGUUCUACGAGCCGACCAGGCGUGUGGCCUUAA